AAUGAAAAAUAUUCAAUUUAGCUCCCGGUUCCAUUAUUCUUUCCCUCUUCCUCAAUCGCAAACUUGACAUCCAAAAUCCAACAAACUUUUCCGAUCGCCGGCGAUAUGUCUCAGGUUGAUAACAGAAACUCCUCUGCUGCGAAACGAGCUAGAACUGACGGUGGUCGUAGAGAAGAUGACUGGACCUGCCCAAGCUGUGGAAAUGUCAAUUUCUCGUUCAGAACAACUUGCAAUAUGCGCAACUGCACACAACCUAGACCUGCUGAUCAUAGUUUUAAGUCUGCUCCAAAAUCAUUGCCGACUCCUCAAGGCUAUUCUUCUGCAGCUUCGCCAAUGUACGUUGGUUUACCACCAUAUGGGUCAUCUCUGCUUAAUGGAUCAACCGUUCCUCCUUAUGACGUGGGGUCUGCGUACCGUUAUAAUUACGGGACUCAUGUUUCUGGUGGCAGCCCUUAUCGACCCCUGCAGAUUCCUGCUUCACCACCUUACUCUGGUGGAUCCUUGAUAGGUGGCAUGUAUGGUGUACCUCAGUUAAUGAACCGCUAUGGGCUGGGCUUGCCCAUGGGCUACACUGCUAUGGCACCACAGCUUGGAUUUAUCCCCGAGGAGAAGGGCCGAAAGAAAGAUGGAAAAGGUGACAACGACUGGAUAUGUCCGAAUUGUGGAAACAAUAACUUCUCUUUUAGAACUGUUUGCAACAUGCGUAAAUGCAAUACUCCCAAGACUGGAUCUCAGGCUGGAAGUGCAAGCAAGAGCUUCAAACCAGAUAUGCCUGAUGGAAGCUGGAAAUGUGAGCAAUGUAACAAUAUUAACUACGCGUUUAGAACCAAAUGCAACAGACAAAACUGUGGUGCUGAAAAACCUUCAGAUUCCCAAAAACCUCCUGCAGAAGAAGCUGCGGAGGAAAAUGCUCAGUGAGUACACUAGGACAUGUUUGAGAAGGUCCAGCAGUUGGUCUGAAAGUCGGUCGGUUGGUUGGUCUUGUCAUGGUCGUCAUGUUGCUGCAGUUAUUGGUAUGGUUUGUGUUGUCAGUUUGUAUUUUCACUGGUCUUUAUAUAUUGUACUAUUAAUAUGCAUUUGGUAACAUAUUUUCAUAGUGCCUACUUUUUGUUA